AUGAAUGAGGCCGGAGCGCUUCAAGUUGUGACGACGCUCGACUCGAGCGCGAGCGUGGACAUGACGAACACUCGGUUUGUGGACAACAGUGCAAGUGAGUCUGGUGGAGCGGUGUUUGUGUCUGUGGUGGAUGCGUCGACGGCAACGAUCAACCUGCAGGGCGGGGUGGUGUUCUCGGGCAACAGCGCAGGCGGGUCGGGCGGAGCGCUGUUUGUGUCUGCGUCAUCUGACGCACCGAACCAGGCGCUUGCGCCACGGGCGGUUGUGAGCGGAGUGGCGGGCGAUCUUUUGUUUGAGAACAACAAGGCGUCAAUUCAUGGCGGAGCUGUGGGCCUGCGAACGGAAGGCGGCGAGGACGCCGCGCUUGCGCCGAUCGAGUUCACGACAAGCGGGGCUCAGUUCCGCGGCAACGAUGCCGGGCGGAUCGGUGGCGGUGUGGCCGGGCUUGGACGGCCUGUUGUGACUGUGAGCGGCGGCGACUUUUCGUACAAUACGGCGACGUUUGGAGCCGCAGUGGGCAGUGCGCGGGCGAGUGGGUACAUGCAGGGAGCACAAAGCGCGACCGGGUUCACGAUUGAGGCGUCGUCUGCGUCGCUGCCGCUCGCGUCGUACGAUGCGGCGAGUGCGAGCGGGGGAUGUGGCGCGGUGCGGCGCGGGGUGAUGGAGAUCAAGGGCGGGACGGCGCUGGCGGACAACGUGGCAGCGUACGGGCCCGUGGCAUUUACGUGCGAGAAUCUUGUUGUGCUCAACUCGCUCGGAUCGCUCUCGCUUGGAGUGCAGUCACCGGUGGGCGGAGUGGUGUUUGAGUGCGCGACGACGCUCGACUGUAGCGGGAGCGGCGAUCCUUGCUGCAGCAGCGGGUCGGGAGGAUCGCUGCUUGCAGGCACGCCAUGGGUGGCACUCGAUAGCGGGGCGUCUGCGGUUGUGAAUGCGACAGCAAACGCGCUGCAGAACGCGGUGUCAUACGGGCCGUACCGUGCGACGCCUGCUGUGCGGAUGCAGUUUGUGUCACCGUUCCCCGAGUCUGUGUCGACAGGACUGCCGUUUGGACGUGGCGGGGUGCUUGUGGUGUACGACGCGUUUGAUCAGCUUGUGGUUGACUCGAAUGUGGUGGCAGAGUUGGCACUAGAUUCAGGAUCGACGACAAACUUCAAGUUUUCAGGAGGGGCACAGCAGCAGCUGCUUGCGACAUCGCCGGUGUCGUUUUCGGCGUCCAAGCUCUCGCUGACAUCCGAGGCCGGGAUCGGGACUGCGGCGAGCUUUGUGGUGCGGAUGGUCAAGUCAGCUGUACCGGCGACGUCACUGCUGUACCCACAGCUUGAAGGAUCGACGACUGUGGCACCGUGUCUGCCCGGUGCCGGUGUCGUUGCUCGACCUGGCUCGGAUGUGCUGGAGUGUGCAGAGUGUGUGGAGGGGACGUUCUCGAACGACACAUCGCUGGAUCCAUGCCAAGCAUGCCCUGCUGCCGAGUUCCUGACGGGUACAGGGGCAACCGAGUGUCUGCUCUGCCCCAAGGGAACGACACUUGUGGGCGGGCUGUUUGACCCGGACGUCGGGCUCAACUGCACAUGCUUGCCCGGAUACUGGCACCGAUUUGCGGCGUACAACGAAGAGUGCGAGGAGUGCCCGCCAGGUGGGUUCUGCAAGGGUGGGACGGCGGUUCCUGUGGCGAAGCGUGGCUACUAUCCGACACAAGAGGCGGAUGUGUUCCUGGAGUGUCCGAACUCGGGAGCGUGCGUGGGCGGAUUCCCGUUCCAGUGUGCGGAGGGGUACAAGGACCGGCUGUGUGCGGCAUGCAAGCGCGGGUACUAUGCGCUGUCUGGGCGAUGCUACAGGUGUGAUGACCGGACGAUUCCGAUCAUGUGCCUGAUCAUUCUGCUCUCGUUUGGACUCGUGUUUCUGCUUGUGUGGCUCAACUCAAAGGAGGAGCUGAGCUACCGGUUUGCGGCUGUGAUGAUUGGGUUUAACUCGCUGCAGAUCAGUGCAAUGUACGGGCGGCUGGAGCUGCCGUGGUCGGACUUUGCACGUCAGUUCUUUGACAUUGUGUCUUUCCUCAAUCUCAACUUUGAUCUGAGCUCGCCCGAGUGCGCGACGGUGACAGAGGAUGUGUGGCUGCUCAAGUGGUGGAUCACGAUGAUGCUGCCACUGCUGUUCUGCAUUCCGUUCCUGUCUGUGUUUGGCGGAUGGACACUGUACAUCAAGUGGGGUGCGGCCAAGCUAGAGCGGACGGCGGAACUGACGGUAGGCUCACUGGCAGAUGCAUGCCGGCGUGGGUACUUUCAGCUCAUGGCGCUGUUGUAUCUGCCGCUGACAGCGAUGACGAUGAGCUACUUUAACUGCCAUCAGAACGACGAGGGGCGGUGGGUGCUCCAGGCAGCGCCAUCGAAGAGCUGUUAUGGGGUGUGGUAUUGGAACUACUUUGGUGUUGCAGUUGCCGGGUCUGUAGCGUACUGCAUCGGGAUCCCAUCGUUUGUGUACUGGCUGCUGUCGCGUGCGCGGCGGCGGAACCCGGAGGAGUAUGCGAUUUUUGCGUUGCGAUACGCGUUCCUUGUGGGGCGAUUUGACGCGGACAAUUUCCGGUUCGAGGUGUGGAUCAUGGUGCGCAAGUUUGGGGUUGUGUGUGUGAUGACGUUGUUUGCGUCAACAGUUGUACGAGCGCACAUGGCGACACUUGUGCUGACGGGAUCGCUGAUGCAGCUUGUGCGGUUCCUGCCGUACAUGUCGCUGUUCCACAACUCGCUUGCGGUGCUGUGCCUGGCGUCGUGCACGGGGAUCCUGUGGGCAGGGACGUUUGGGCCGUCGCGAGCGCGCGACAUGGGAGUGAUGGUUGCGAUUAUUGUCAACAUCUGCGCGAUUGUGGUCGGUAAUGUGAUCGACUUGAUCAUCAUCUACCGGACACGGCGCGAGGCCGAGAAGGAGUUUCUGGCGGAUGAGGCGGACGAUCUGAAGGAGGCUGGCACGUUUACAACGUUUGGUGACGGCGGGUGUGCGGGUGGCAACGAAGUGGAGCUGUCUGUACUUGGCCAGACGCUGGGCUCUGCGAUUAUGACGACAAUGGAGUCGCCGAUAUUGAGCGGAGUUGACUCGGACAAGUUUGGGUCGGUGAGUGUGGUGAACCCUGUGUUUGGUCGGGAGGGUGCGAUGAUGCGGCUCGACUCUGUGCAGUCGAUGGGUGACGGAAGCGUUGCGUACUCGAUGAAUCCGGCGUUUUCGGCAGGGGUUGAGUCGAACUCUGCUAUGUUUGGAUCCGAAGACGGUGCAAACGACCUUGUGACUCCACCGCCGGCGAUGCCGUUGCCGCCGGCUUCUGGGAUCACCGAGCCAAUGGCGCUGUCGGCAGAACUUGAGUGCGUGGAUGACGAUGCGGCGAUGUACAACGGACCGGGAUCUUUGUCCUCACCAACGCAUUCGUUGGCACUUCCAACCAAGCCGGCGUUGCCGGCGCCGCUCCCGACCAAGCCAGCGAUGCCAGCUCCGCCGCCGCCGCGGCCUGCUCUGCCGUUGAAGCCUGCGCUACCACCAGCAUUGCCGGGCAAGGCGGGGCUCCCGCCGCCGGCCAAGCAGCCGCUGUCACCGAUCUCGUCUUCAUCAUCUUCGUCGUCGUCGUACUAUUCGUCGUGA